CGCUCGGCUGCACUCUGCGCUCGCGGUCGGCCGCGCGGCCGCUCUGGGUGGCUUCGGGUUUCAAUUCUCCCCGGGCCGGGCUUCGGCUCCACCCGGGCGGGGUGUGGGGAGCGGCGGUCGCGGCGAGGCCGGGACUUCCUUCCUCCACCGAGGAACAAAACCGCGGGCAGCGAGCGCCGGGCGGCGAUGGGGUCCCUGCUGAGCAGCGACGGCGGCCGCGGGCCCCCCGCGCCGCGCGCCCCGGAGCGCAGCGCCGAAGCCCCGCUGCCGCUCGCGUCCUUCGACUGCGCCGUGUGCUUGGAGGUGCUGCACCAGCCGGUCCGCACCCGCUGCGGCCACGUAUUCUGCCGUUCCUGCAUCACUACCAGUCUGAAGAGCAGCAAAUGGACCUGCCCCUACUGCCGGGCCUAUCUUCCUUCCGAGGGCGUUCCGGCCACCGACGUGGCGAGAAGAAUGAGAGCCGAGUACCGGAACUGCGCCGAGUGCGACACCCUGGUUUGCCUUAGUGAAAUGAGGGCGCACAUAAGGACUUGUGAGAAGUAUAUUGACAAAUAUGGACCACUGCAAGAACUUGAGACAACCGGGAGGUGUGUAUGCCCAUUUUGUCAGAGGGAAUUGGAUGAAGACAGCCUGCUACAGCACUGUAUCACUCAUCACAGAUCCGAAAGGAGACCUGUGUUCUGUCCACUUUGCCGUUUUCUACCAAAUGGGAAUCCAGGUAGCUUCAAUGGCAGUCUAAUAAGACAUUUGCAAGUUAACCACACUUUGUUUUACGAUAAUUUCUUAGCAGAGUUUUCCUGCACAGUUUAGGCUGGCUUUGAACUCACAGUGAUCCUCCUGCCUCAGCCUCCAGAGUGCCAGGAUUUCAGGUGUGUGCCACCACACCUGGCUUCCUAAAUACUUUUCAAUAAAAGAUUGUUGCCUGUCAUGGGGAGAAAAUCAUUCCUAGCCAUGUUCGCAAAAAAGCUUUCAUUGAUUUUGACUUGUUAUGCAAUUUCAAAAUGAAAUUGUUGAUGAUCAUCAUUUGAACAUUUUCUAUCCCUUUCCUUUUUUUUUUUGAGGCAGGGUCUAUAUUUACUCCAGGCUGGCCUUAAAUGCCCUAUGUAUCCCAGGUUGGCCUUGAUCCCGCAGUUCUCCUGCUUCAGCCUCCCAAGUGCUAGCAUUGCAGGCAUGUGCUGUGUGCCCAGAUGUCCUCCAUGUUUUCUGUACUGCCCAUUGUGAUUAUCCAGGUUGGACCCAAGGAACUCAGCUUCUGACCUGGAGUUAAGUAGUAGCUGUGUCACAGUCCUGCAAGUAUUGAAAGGCAUUUAACCCCUGAAUUUAGUUUAUUCAUUUAUGAAAUGGGUAGAGUUAGAAAUACCCACUCUCAGAAGCUCUUAUGAGGAUUAAAUGAGAAAAUGCAUAUGAAAUAAUAUAUUUGCACAGUCCAGGCAUAUGUGAUAGGUAAGAUUAGUUCUAUGCCUGUUCUUCCCCUCAUGCUCAGGGGCUUCCAAAGUAUCAUAAGACUGGUCAGGAGGAGGCUACUUUUUUUUUUUUUUUUUUUUUUUUUCCUUUUUUUCUUUUUUAUGGGCACCAGGGAUUGAACUCAGGACUGCCUGCUUGCAAGGCAGGCGCUUAUGCCGCUGAGCUAAAUCCUCAGCUCUGGAGGAGGCCACUUUGUAGAGAGCAGUUUAUAGCCACUCAGAACCAUAUCUUUGAAUGUGGAAGUGAACUUGAAAUAGUGUUCCUUGUUUUGAUUGUUUGGUUCUAUAAGCUAUCAUGUACCGAGUUGUUCACUUUAUUCCAGAUAGUCCCUUCUUGAGGUAAAUACUAUGUUUUCAUCCUCAUUUAACUGUGAAAUAGCCAAAGCCCCAAGUCUACAUGCUUAAGAACAAGCUAAUCAGCUGGGCCAGUUGGCGCAUGCCUAUAAUCCCAGCACUUGGGAGGCAGAGGCAGGAGGAUCAUUGCAUGUCUGAGACCAGCCUGGGUUACAAAGUGAGCUCAAGGCCAGCCUGCACUGCAUAGUGAGACCCUGUCUCACAAAAACUGGAGGAGGGGGGAAAGCUGAUAUUAGGUCCAAAUCCUGUGCUCUUCUGAGCUACAUGGCUUUCCUUCGGAUUUGUUUCUAUGUUUUAGAAUGGAUUGCCAGCAGAGAUGUCACUUUUUGUAGUUUGUUGAUAGUGGCAGAGAGUAGCAGUUGCAGAAGAUAGAGCUCUUAAUAACUUUUGUUCUACUUAUGGACUGUGCUAAUAGGAAGCAUUGAAUUUCGUUUUGACACAUGGGCAAGAGGGAGUUUUUUGUUUGCAACGUUUUAAAAAAUAUAAAUAGAUAUUUAGUGGUACUGCUGACUUUGUGAAUUCUAGGGGAUAUGUGGUUUUGGUUUUGUUUUGUUUUGUUUUGUUUUGAGGCGUUGGAGACCAAACCUCAGGUCUUGCACAUGCUUCAUGAUGCUCUACACUCAGCUACCACCCCAAACACCAGAGGAUGUUUUCACAUUACCCAUGUUAUGUGUUCAUGUGAAAUGUAGCCCUGUAAGAUUUAGAAUACUGAAUAAAAGCUGCUACUUAGAUCAGAUACAAACUAUAGAUCUAUUUUAUUGUGAGUGUAAUAGUUCAUUCCUAUGGUGUAAAAUGAAACAAUAGGUACUGGCCUCACAGCAAGUCCCAGGUUCUCUGACAGGCUUCAUGGAAUCAUAUCAUUUAACUCAGGGCUUUAGUUUCCUGCAAAAUGGGGCCAUUGUGUUGAUUCUCAUCCUUCCAUUUCUAAAACAAUUGAUUCUGUACAUUUCUAAUUAUUUUUCUUUAUUGUAGGACUUUAAUAUAAUUGAGGAAGCUCUUAUCAGAAGAGCCUUAGACCAGUCGCUUCUUGAAUAUGUGAAUCAUUCGAACACCACAUAAUUUUACGAAUAGGAAGGGGAAGGGGAAGAUUCAGUUGUACCAUUUCAGAUGCUGCUUGAACAAGUGGAGGGAAACUGUCAGUGUUUGACAGGGGAAAACAUACAACCCAGCUGUAUGUCUAUCCAUGCUUAUUGUUAUAUUGCAUUUGAAAACUGCUUUCAUUUUGAUGGUUUAAAUCUGUUUUAUGUUUUUGAGUAUCUUAGACAUUUAGCAACAAGAAAUAGUCUCCAUCAGUCAUCAGUAUAUAGAAGAAGCACAGGCUGAGUGUGAAGGUAGAGAAUUGUAUUUGCAAAUUGGAUGACACUAGGUAUAAUGCUGCAUAUUACAACUACCAUCAUGGUUAGGCAAAGAAAUUGAUCUUUGUUCUGUGUAAAAGAUGGAGAAUGAAGCAAUGUGUGGAUAUUCAAGGAAGUAUGGAACUUGUUCCAAUGUUCUUGUUCUAAUAUCUAGCAAUGUACGACAAAUAAUCUUAUAUGGGAAUAAGACAUGAUAAUUUUGAAGUCAGCAAAGAUCAUCGAACCAAGUUAUAUUACAUACUACUAUAACAAAAUAAAUUUUAUGUUAGCAGUGUAUACUUAAUUCUUUGACUUUCUAUAUGCACACAUGAGCUUAAUAUUUUUCAAAUAUUCGUAGCUUGUUAUUAAAUAUUUCUUAAGCAUCAUCAGUUGUUAUUUACAGAAAAAUUUACUUCCAUAGUUUUUAGUGGAAACCGCAAGGGCUUUCUUUGUAAUUUUAAUUUUUAUUUAGAAAGUAAAAUGCAUACUGAAGAUUAGAAAUUUAUAGUCGUAUGCAUUGUUAAAAGAAACAUUCUUUUAGAACUCAGCCAGCUACCCUACUGUACUCUGUGUCCUCUCCGCAAUUUCAAGCUCACAAAAGUAGCCACUAUGCUAAUUGCAACAGAAGUCACUGAACCUCGCCCUGAGACACAUUUUUCAUUUUGUUUUGCUUUAUUUUGUUUUUGAGAUGGUAUCUCACUAUGUAGUUCAGGCUGGGCUUGAACUUGCAGUGAUCCUUCUGCCUCAGCCUCUCGGAUAACAGGCAUGUGCCACCACACCCAGCUUUAUUCUGCAUUUUGGACAUUGAUUUUAAAUGUGCUUUUCUCAGCUGCCAACAAGUAGAAACAGGUUUUUAUUUCACAAUCUCUUUUCCUCAAUUUGGAUGGAUCAUACAUAUAGCAAAACCUGUUGGGCAAGAAAAGUGACCAUUAAACUAAAAAUCUGGCUAUUGAAAAAUGGAAGAAAAUGUUGAACAUUAGUACCUACUGUGCAGACAAUCCAUUUUGGUUCAUUUAGAGCAAUAAAAAGGUGUCUUUUACAUUUGUAAAACCUAAAAAAUAAAUCUUAACUUUAAAACUUUAAAAAUGUGUACUUUAAGUAAGACUUGGGUCAUCUACCGUGAUUAACUGCAAUAUAGCAACUCUGAACCAUUUCCUUGAAUUCCUCUUAUGAUAACUUUGCCAUGUAUAAGACAAAUUAGGUGCUGGCCACCUGAAUUAUUUUGUGUUUUGAACUGUUUAGGAUUCUAGAGUGGUGAAACACAGAUAAUUGUUUCGCUUUGGUGAAUUUUUAUUUGUUUUUUGCUUUGUUUUUGAGACAGGGUCUCAUUUUAUAGCCCAGGCUGGCCUUGAACUUGCAGUGAUCCUCCUGUUUGAGCCUCUUGAGUGCUAGGAUUACAAAUUGUGUGCCAUUGAGCCUGGCUUCAAAUAUUGUUUCACUGUGCCUUUACCUUUUUAUCAAAAGGUUGGUUUUUUUGUUUUUAUUUUUGUUUUGGUUCUAGGGAUUUAACUCAUGAUCUUGUGCUUGCCAGGCAGGCACUUAAUGCCACUAAACUAAAUCACUGGCCCUAACAAAGGUUUUAAUUGUUGUUUUAAAAAAUGAAAAAUUGGGCUGGAGAUUUAGCUCAGCAGCAUAAGCGCCUGCCUUACAAGUGCAUGGUCAUGAGUUCAAUCCCUGGUACCAAAAAAAAAAAAAAAAAAAACAAACAAACCAACCAAUGGUCCCAUAAAUAAAUGAAAUACCAAGAAUUAUUUUAAAAAAAAAAGAGAAAUCAUUAUUUGAAAUACCAACAAAAAAAGUUUCACUCACUUUCUUUAUAGUACACCAGAAUAUAGCUUUUUCAAGGCUUUUUAAUAGAAAAAUCAUUUUGCAUUAUUUAAAAUGAAAUUUUCUUAGCUCUGCCAAAACCUAUGGAGACUUCCCUUUCAUGUGUUUUUUGCACCCAUGUUUCUAGAAAUGUAGGUGGGAAGAUCUGAUUGUGAAUCUGCGGUAAAGAUAGAUUUCCACAUUAAAUCUCCUAGGUGGUUCCAUCUCUAAUGAUGUUGCUUCAUUACUGUUACUGAGUUCCAAUGUCUUUCAUUUUGAAGUGAACAUUUUCCAGUAUUUAAAUAUUAGCAUAUCGCAAUUUGUAUCCUAAGACACUGAAGGCAUUUAAAAAAAUAAUGAGAGAUUGAUUCUUUUAUUAUUCAAUGUUUUAAAAAAUGUAGAAUCAGAAUUUAAAAUGUAUAAUUUCUUUUCUUAUGAAAAUUGUAUUAUUAUGGAAAAUAAAAAAUGGCAGGACCAUUGCAUUCAUUAAAAUAGUAACGGUUUAUUCUUAAA